CACCCUAGACGGAGCGUCGGUGUGAUAUUAAAGCUGUGCAUUUUACGGGCCAGUUACGACACUGGCGUGGUACGUAGUGGUCUACUGGACUGUUGGCACGGUAUGGGCAUCGCCUGUUCCUUUUAGUUCCGGCUACAGGUACCAGUACCUGUCAGGUGAAGUAAGGGGCGCGGUCACUGGGACCAUGUAAUACUGACGGAUACUGACUGGUACAAUUUAAACAUGGAUGACUCCAAUGAGUAUGAUCGGUAUGAUGAUAUCGAAUCGUUUCGUCGGUUAUCAGUUCCUAACGUCAUCAUCACAAAUUAUCCUGACGUCACGACGCCAGAGUCUCCGAAGGAAUUCCUCAACUCUGUAGACAAGGGUGUCUACGUCAUCAAAACUCCCGAACAAAAUUAUCAACACAAGAAUCGUUUGACACCUGAUUCUGAUGCUGUGUCCAAGGCCACCACGAGGUCCGAGAGUAAAAUAGAAAAGACAAGGAGUCGGUCGACGAUCGCCGGAAGUGACCAUACCCAGGUUUACGGAGAGGAUGAAAACGAAGAGCGUGGGAACUGGACGGGGCGCUUUGACUUCUUGUUGUCCAUGCUGGGGUACUCUGUUGGGCUCGGCAACAUCUGGCGCUUCCCCUACCUCUGCUACAAAAAUGGUGGCGGCGCUUUUCUCAUCCCUUACGUCAUCAUGCUGCUUGUGGUGGGAAUUCCCCUUUUCUAUUUGGAGACCUGUAUCGGCCAGUUCUCCAGUCGUGGACCACUUUCGUGCUGGGGAUUCGCGCCCCUCUUCCAAGGACUUGGCGUUGCUAUGGUGAUAAUUUCUGGAAUUGUGACGCUUUAUUACAACAUGAUCGUGUCCUGGGCCAUCCUUUACUUCUUCGCCUCCUUUACAAGUUCUCUCCCUUGGAGCACCUGCGAAAAUCCAUGGAACACCAAAGAUUGCAGUCUUAAGUUACCAAGGGUGAACUGUACCGUGACGGAGGGGGUGAAGUACACCAAUGGUACGUGCUACAAUAGGGAGAAGUUUGUGGGGCUCUGGAACACGACCCAAUUCACCACCUCCACGGGCCGUCUCAGAAUCACACCCUCAGAGGAGUACUGGAAUAACUACGUGCUUGGAAUCAGUUCCGGGAUUGACGAUAUGGGGCCUCCAAGGUGGCAGUUGACAUUGUCCUUAUUCGGGGCCUGGUUUCUGUGCUUCCUCUGUCUAAUCAAAGGCAUCAAAACCACGGGCAAGGUCGUCUACUUCACCGCCAUCUUCCCCUACGUCGUCCUCAUCAUCCUGUUCUUCAGAGGAGUGACCCUCCCGAACGCCUCCGAGGGCAUCUAUUUUUACAUCGUACCUACGUUUGACAAACUCCUCGACGCCAAGGUUUGGCGAGAUGGUGCUGUACAGGUGUUUUACUCACUGGGACCCGGAUGGGGAGGACUGAUUGCUCUUUCUAGUUACAACAGAUUCCAUAACAAUAUACUGGGGGACGCCAUCAUCGUGUCGCUAGGAGACGGGCUGACCAGUAUUUUUGGCGGGUUUGUUGUUUUCUCCUACCUUGGCUAUAUGGCCGGGCAGUUAGGUGUCGGGGUGAAGGACGUGGCAAGAAGCGGUGCGGGAUUGGCGUUCGUGGUGUACCCGGAAGCGGUGAACAACUUACCUCCCCCUACCCUGUGGUCACUCCUCUUCUUCUUCAUGCUGAUAACCCUCGGACUGGACAGUGAGUUUGCCAUGCUGGAGACGGUGCUGACCGGUUUAACGGACUAUUUCCCAUCACUUCGACCGAAGAAGUCGUUUGUAAUUCUGUUCGUGUGUAUCUUCUGCUUCCUACUGGGCCUGCCUAUCACUACCUCGGGUGGGAUGUACUGGCUGCAGCUACUUGACCACUACGUGGGUUCAUGGUCACUGCUGGUCAUAGGCCUGACUGAACUCAUGGUCAUUAACCUCAUUUACGGUAUUAACCGAUUCCUAAGUGACAUCGAGGUCAUGCAGGGUUACCGACCGUCUAUAUGGUGGAAGAUUUGUUGGUUAGGUAUCAGUCCGGCAGGAAUGGUGUUUAUCCUGGUGUUCUCGUUUGUGGACUACUCCCCCAUUACGUACGACGCCUACGUGUACCCGGCGUGGGCCGAGGCGUUAGGCUGGCUCCUCUCCCUCUGUUCCAUAAUCUUCAUCCCGAUUGUCAUCAUUUACAAGAUUUCAAAGGAGAACGACGAGAAGGGUCUCAUCAAUAAAGUAAAGCUGCUUCUGGCGCCGUCACGUGACUGGGGUCCGGCAUUGGUCAAACACCGAGAGUUGGUGGACUAUGUAGAAGGCUUUGUGUUGGAUCCUGAGAAAGAGAAACAAGAAUUAUCGUUUAUAAACUACGGGUACAACACCUCUGUUUCCAAUCUACAGACCACCAGCAGCGCGACCCCCAGCGAGGCAUCAAUCGACCCCUCAGUGGACACACGACGGACGUAUCUGUCCCGAACUUUAUCACAUGUGUCUUAUGAGACAACUAUAUGACGUGUGAUCACGUGACUUAAGAAACAAUUGCAUUUAUAUGACGUGUGAUCACGUGACUUACGAAACAAUUGCAUUUAUAUGACGUGUGAGCACGUACGUGACUUACGAAACAAUUGCAUUUAUAUGACGGUAUUUUGUGAGACAACUACAUGUCGUUCCGUCUGUUGUGAUGUCUAUGUAACAACUAAUUUAUGUGAUGACGUGUCUUACCAGACGAAUAGAGUAAACAUAUAUCUUAUUAAGUAAUUGUUUAUGUUUUGAUAGCACAAGUGUUCUAUAAGCCAUUCACCGUGCCAUAUUGACAGAUCAUUACUCAGCAGCUAUUUGAUCAGUACAACAUGUGUCUUAAUGUCUACCACUAUAAAUAGCAGCAGUCACUUUACGUCCAAGCUUUCGGUUUUUGGGCUGAUUGGACAAAGAGUGACUGUUGCUAUUAAUACAUGUGUAAAAGUUUGUGGUUUACUGAACACAAUACUCAAGUGUAAGAAUCUCCGACAGUUUUCACUUAAAUACAAGUGUAGACAACUUGUGCAAUGUUUUAUUUUUCAAGUUUUCGUCGUUUUAAUGUAUACAUUUUAUUAGUUACAAAGUCGUAUUUGGAUGUUGACUAGCGCAGAGUAAAAACUCAUUGUAAUGUUCCUGAAGACGCUGAUUAUAUCCGGCGUUCCAAGGAGUCGGAGAAGUGUUCUAUGCCAAAAACUUACAGCUAUCUGGACAUUGACGAAUGGUCCAUUAGCAACUUGACUUUUUUACCUAUAUUACGGCAUUCAGCACGGGUGUGUUUAUUACCUGUCUGUGUCAUAUUUACACCAGGAGAUUGUAUCAGUUUAGUUACCGUUCGGCGAGCUUAUACGUACUGUGGUGUCCCUGCAUCCUCUGUCGUAAGCAUCAUCUUCUGAACCGCAAAACCUCAUCAGAUGAGAAUUCGAAAUUUUAUAAAACAAAGAGAG